UCGGUGACAGACAAUAAGGUCAAAUGCAUUGUGUUUGUACCUGCAGCGUUUAAGCCUCAGCCAUUAAACUGGGAAGCUGAAAGAAAUGUGCAAUGCAUACAGGAAGCAGCUAGUAUAAUUAUAUAGACCCUUGUUACAGGAACAGGCAUUAUUCAUCUAUCAAGCAUUUUUUGUAUAGCAUAGACAGACCUAUACCGCUUUACCAUGUACCACUGGGCAUCUAGUUCGCCAUGAUUCCCAUUAUGCGUGCUGGAUAUGUUUGGAUCACGUAAGACUAGCUACUGUAACUCAUCCAACGGACAACUGUCAGUGUACUGAAUUCCUAGAAUCAAGAUGGCAACCUUCUGGGGCUAUCUGAACGUCGUCACUGUAGAACCCGUGCUUUUCCUAUUCACCAUGUCUCUGUUCAUGCAAUAUCCAGCCACACAGCUCCUGGUGCUUCAGAAAGUCUGCCUAGCAAAGCACAACAGUACUGCGUUAUGUGCCAACCUGAGUGAAGACACUGAAGAGGAGAAUGAGGUGCAGUCCGUGGCAGCUCACUGGAACCUGUACAUGACAGUAGCGAUCAACCUCCCAGGCGCGCUCAUGUCAGGUAUCUACGGUGCCAUCAGUGACCGAGUCAGCCGACGAAGUAUCAUGGCUCUCCCCUCCAUCGGGAUAAUCCUCGGUUCGGUUAGCUUCCUACUCCAGUCCCACUUCAUCCACGCCCACGUAGGCUACCUCCUGAUCAGUGCCUUGACUAUUGGAGUCUUCGGAAACGUUGGGGCGUCUUACAUAGCUCUGAUGAGUUACAUGUGCGACAUCACUGAGACAUCUAGUCGGACCAAGCGUCUGGGCAUCAUGGAAUCCAUGACUUUCAUUGGGGGACCCAUAGGGAUGAUGUCAGCAGGAGCAAUUUUGCAACACUAUGGCUUCGAAGCUGUGUACUUGAUCAUUAUCGCACUGAAUUCAAGUAUCAUCUUGUACAUUAUGCUCAGACUUGAAGAACCAUUGAAGAAACAAGUAAUUCCGGAGGGAAUCUCGAGGAACGUAUCACCUAACAAAAUAACUUGGGUGUGUCGACAUGUGUACGACAGCCUACAUCGAACGCUGAAUGUAUAUUUUAUAAAGAGAGAAGGCAAAAAGAGAAGAUACCUUUGGCUCUUCCAACUCUUAGGUAUAUUGGGCAUCAUUGCAUUUGCAGGGGAGUUGGACCUGUUUAUCCUGUACACCAAGCAUUCUCCUCUGAGCUGGUCAGCCAGCACCAUCGGGGUAUAUCUCUCCGUCAGGACUCUUCUCAAGGGGGCGCCCUUAGCCGUCGGCCUGCCCGUACUGUUCCGGUAUUUCAGUGACCGCUCUGUCAGGUUCGACUUGGUUCUCGCCAUGCUGGGUCUGGUGUCCAUAGCCGCUUCCAUGAUUCUCGUGGCUUUCUCGCACACCAUGUUCAUGAUGGCAUUAGUGGCCUGCAUAGGAUGCCUAUCUGGAUACCCUGGAGCGAUCAUGGGAUCAAUCAAAUCUAAACUCGUUCAACCCACAGAAUUCGGCGCACUGUUUGCAUGCACCGUCCUAAUUCAAACCAUAUUCGUUGCUGCUGGUUCCCUUCUGUUUAACAACGUGUACUCUGCAACGUUGUAUGUGUGGCCUGGACUCUCAUUCAUAGGAAUCGGUGCUAUUUACAUCGUUAAUCUAGUCAUUGUCAUUUACCUGUGGUUUGACAUGGCAGACGUAGAACUGAAUGACAAACAUCGAUCCGUAGGAGAUGAGGAGUUCAACAUGAAACUUCUGAGCGAGACUGGUGAUUCAGAGGUAGAAGAUGUCGUGUUGUAACGGUGAGGCUGUAGUCUACUGACUGAAGCGCCAACAUAAACUUACAGGAUGCGACCAGUUUUUAUUGGUUAAAUGAAACUUGCAAAGCCCAAUUGUCAUAGUUACAAAAGACCCGUUAUAUCAAGCCGAGUCCUGAAGGGUGAUGUACUAAGGCCACUAUACACAGCGUGAUGUCUGUCCUUACGCCGCGUAAUGUCUGUCCAAAAGCAAAAACUAAGAAAAACUGCAUUUAACAUCCAUUAUCCUUUGUUCUUCAUGCUUUGAAAUAAAAUUAGACAUGAGAAAAAAACAUUCUAGCAUUCUAACACUUGUUAUUUUCACCCUUUUGUGGUCGUGGCCUAAAUAUGUAAAAGGAGGCGGUACAUUAGAGCAGAUUCAAACGAUGGAAAAUCAUCACUUUCGCUGGUAGAAACACAACUUAGUGCAUGGACUUUAUGUUUACUAUACACUGUAAAGACAAGUUUAAAAAGUUGCAGAAUUAUACCCUAUUAUGGGUGGAGCUAAAUGUUAAGGUGGGUUAUGAAUAUUCUAAAAAAAAUCUACUUAUUUUGGCUUUGCCCUGCUGUAAGCCUACUGCAAAAUGGCAAAUUCCAACUUUAUGCUCAUUUUGUGAUGACAGGGUCACAAAUAAUUGAACGAAAUGAGGGAAGAUGAA